CUGGGGCCGGGGAAGCCCGCGCAAGUCGUCAGCCGCUGUGCCGCAGGGCGGGGGCUGGAGGAACGGGGACCCUCCCCGCUCCGGGCCUGCGGACGCCAGCCGGCGCGACCCCCCCUCCAAAGAUGCCUUAACCAGCGCCUGUCGCGGUCGCCGAGGUGCCCCUCCCCUGCAUGGACCCUCCGCCCCUUCCUCCAACCAAGCCGGUGCGCACCGCUCUGCGCGCGGCCGGGUGGGCGCCACGCCGCUGCGGACGCGGUCGCCGCUAGUAAGCUGAGCUCUGGGGCCGGGGCUGGGGCGAGAGCCGGGAGGGAGUGAGGGGCGCUCUGCGAGCGGCGCGGCUUCGGCCACCGCGACCGCGGGACUAGCCAUGUGCUAAAGUUUCUGUGGCUCGGCGUCCUGCCGGGCGCGCAGCGCGGGGCUCAGAGGCGCGGUGGGUGGGGCGGCUCAGUCCUGCCGGCGCCCGCCCGCCAGCCCCCGGUCCCGCGGGGCGCAGCUCUACGCGGUCUCACGCUCUGUCUCUCUUUUCUCUCCCUACGCUCCGCUUCCCGAGGUCCUUCCGCCGAGCCCCAGCGCGGGGCAUGAGGAGCCCCCAGCUGCCGCCGAGAGAAGACCUAGCUGCGCGCACACCUCGCCAGCGGCGGACGGGGACAUGAGCACCGUGCGUGGGGUUCGGCGCCAGGCGGCCAGUCUCAGCCGGCAGCGGCCAGCGGGUCAACGCUGCCCGGGAGAAUGAGGCAGGAGCCGGUGGCAGCCUCCUUUUUCUCUUCCAGCUCCUCACCUUCCUCCGGCUCCGGUGCCCCCGGCCCGGGCCGGGCUGUGGCUCUGCUGCGUGCCCCGCGCGCCUCUCAACCGCCUCCGGAUGCGCUUCUCGGUUAGCUUGGCGAGGAAGAUAAAGACAUUUGCAACCAAGAUGGUAAUCACAAGUGGAAAUGAUGAUGACAGAGAACAAGAAAAAGAAAGUAAAGAGGAGAGCGUCUUGGCGAUGCUGGGGAUUAUCGGGACCAUUCUGAACCUGAUUGUUAUCAUAUUCGUAUACAUAUACACCACUCUGUGAAUGGCCCAGCAAGUCCUCAGAGGCCUCAGGAUGGCCAAAGAUGGGACUCUUGAGUGUCUGCAGAUCAGUGACCGGACCCUGCGAGAACAAGCAAGCUGGACCUACACACACCUCCUGAUCAAAUGCCCCUUCAAACUUUAAAAAGGUCACAAAAAUAAACCAAUCCUGCUGCAAAGAGCAGACACUAAAGCACAAUGAAUCCAACAAAACUCAUUCACACCCCAAGGAACUCAACAUCUCUGGUAGUGGGUGCAGAAGAAUGCUUGGAAGCCUGGCCUUUGAUGCCACCGGUGAGUGGAUGGGUGCAGAAAUCCAUUAUCCCAGAAUGUUGAAGGAUAUCAGAUCUUUGAAAAGAUGAACAGGGUGGACAUGGCCCAGCUGUGUGUCUCUCGGAACAAGUGAUUCAUCUUAACUCAAUGAGCUGUUUAGUGGGAAGCCCUGGGGGCAGUGCUUUGACAGGUAUACCAUUCGUCAGCAGUGUCUAACUAUUUGAUACUAGGGAGAUAACUUAUUUUUCUUUUUUCAUUGGCUUGACAUGUGUAUCUGUUCAUAUCAAGGUUUAUAAAUAUAUAUUUUUAAUAAAUGUGCUCUAUUUUUUAGCAUGAACCAAAUAUUUGGAGAGGCGCUCCCAAAUCCAUAGAGCUUUCCUUGGUUUUAUCUGCUUCGCCCCUUCAACUGCUCUUUUGUGGAGCCAAGUCCUCUUGUCUUAGCUGGAAUCUUUGACCUUUGUAUUCUCAUGUUCAUAAUCUCUCUCUCUCUCUCUUUCUGGUCUGGAGGACAUUUUUCCAUAAUAGCAGAUACCAACCAUGGUUUUGGUUGGUGCAUGUUUUAAGAUUGUCCUUUGAGUGGUUUUUUUUUUUUUUUGGUUAUAUCAGAGAUAGGAAACGAUUGUGGGCAUGCAGACCUUAGGUGCACCAUACCUUUACUGAGAAUUAUGCAUGAGCAAGGGCUGAGUGAUAGAUCAGCUUUAAGAAGAAGAAGAAGAAGAAAAAAAAGACGACCGAGGAAGAAGAGCGCAGCUCUGUUUGCAUAUUGACUGUUGGAUGGAAUAUUCAGCUUCUUACUGACAGCGUUAUUGUUUCGUUCUUAUGACCACUCGUUUAUCAGAUUUUGAUGUUAAUGGUUAUGUAUUGUGAGCGAUGAGAAGAGUAAGGGAGAAAGCUCAGUAGUAGGUGCAUAAUCCCUUCCUUAACAAGAUGCCAGGGAUCCUCUUCAAAAGUAGUUGGGGUAUAAAUGGCACAUAAAUUCUCCACUAUGUGAGUUCUUGGUGGUUAGGGCUGCGAGGACAUCCCUGUGUUAGGUGACUUCACAAGGACACUAGGGGGAACUUAAUGAAGCUCUAAAAAGGACUGCUGUGCUUCUUAAAGCUCCUGGUUUAUACCCACAUGAUGCUACUUUCUCUCUGGUGGGGAUGGUCGAAUAAAUACAAUUUAGCCCUGUUCUCCUGACCCCCUGAAAUGUGCCCUUGCCUGGCUACAGUGGCAUGGCCUUGUAGAGAGGGUCAGUAUUGCUUCUGCUAGCUCCAACCUUGCCCAUGGGCCAAAGCAGCAGCAGUCUUCCAGUUUGGAUUUAAAUGAUGCUGAGGAAUUCUCAGCCUCCAGAUCUCUUCCCACCCCGUGCAGUGGUGUCUGAUAUUUCACCAUUAGAGAGUCACUUCUUGGCCUCUGAUAAAGAACCAGGACCUUUUAUAAAGCCAAUUCCCCUGAGCACCUGGCUCUGACAUUGAUUUAUCAGAUGUCUUCUCUUCCUUGCCAGCAGGAAGGAAGCUAAGGUGUACACCUUAGGACAUACUGUGUGCCAGGCACCAUGCCAGGCACCAUGCCAGACAUUUUAUAUACCUUAAAUCAUUGAAUUCUCAUAGUAACCGUGUGAGAGAGGGAGUCUUUCCCCCACACUGUAGAAGAAGAAAGGAGAGCUCAAAGAGAUCAGGAAACUUUCCUGAGAUCCCAUGGCUAAUGGAGUCAAGAUUCAAACCGUGAUCUGAAGGCCUGGAGGCCGCUGGGCAAGAGGAGGUUGCAACAUGACAGGGAAGAUACUGAGGGGUCAGGACACAAAGACAGCUGUUUUGCUGAGGGCCAGCUCUGCACACCUCCUUCCUCCUCCCUGGUAAAAACAACCCCUGGGAACUGCCUGUACACUAACAGAAAGUCAUACAAGUAAGGGCAAGGGCUGGGGGGUCAGGCAGAUACAAAUAGCAUGUCAAGGGACAGGAAUCAUCUAAUAGACUGUGUGAUUCUAUAAAGACUGUAUGAAAUUUCUGAACAGUGAACAGAGUAAACAAUAAAGGUGCA